UGAAGACAGCGCACACUAUUUGCAGUAACUGUCUCAGUAACUGCCGCAGUGCAAAGUGUCACCACUGAGGGGGCAGCUUGAGUUCAAUAAAUCAAAGUUUAUAGGUUUUACAUUUCAACGUGCAACAGCAGCAAAUUUGUACAAUUGUCGUCGGUUGCAUAAAGCAAAAUUGCCCGUUCCGUAUCUGUGUCCGCGGCUCGCAUCCCGUCUCCCGUCUCCCGUCUCCCGUGUCCCUUGUCCCCCUGUGCGCAUCGUCAUGCCCUGUCGCCGCCAUUUGGCCUGUGGAGCUGCCGUCGUGGGCCUUGUGCUGGCCACUGCUCUAAUUGUCUUUGCAAUUUGUGUGCAGCGACCGAAUGAAUCCGGCAAUCGAAUGAAAACCGAGAGAAAGUCCCCCAAUCCCAAUGAGCCUGCUGCCGCUGUUUGGGGCGUGGCGGAUUCGGAUUCGGGGUCGGAGUCGGUUAUCGGUGAUUUGCAAGAUUUGCCAGCAAAAGCAUUUUUUUUAAUCGCCACUACAUCGACAACAUCCACAACAACCACAACAACAGCCUCAACAAUAUCCACAACGACAUCAUCAGCGCCAACUGCCGCAACGGACAGCUCUUCCGGGUCACUGGACAUGCGCGGAGUCCGACAAAUGGCCAGUUCUACCACGGAGACGACGGCCUGGAAGACCCUGACCUCGCAUCCGAACUCCCUCGUGCAGCUGCUGCCAUCGCGGGCGAUGCGCGUGGUCCAGGAGGUGGUGCGAUCUCUGCGGCAGAAGGAGCGUGAGAUUGUGGCCACCACAACGCUGGGCAAGGUUCGGGGACGCUACCAGAAGUACCGCUCCGGAGAGCGAGGAGGCUACUACAGCUUCAAGGGAAUGCGCUACGGAGCAGCACCGAUCGGAGCCAGAAGAUUCCGGUCGGCAGAGCCAGAGAAGCCUUGGUCUGGCAUCCGCGAUGCUUCGAGGGAGGGCCAGAGCUGUCCGCACAAGAACAUGAUCCUAGACACCUUCAAGGGAGACGAGGACUGUCUGUUCGUCAACGUAUUCACCACACGCAUGCCCAAGGAGGAUGAGGAGUCCAGCGAGCAGAAUAGGCGGCCAGUGAUGGUCUGGCUGCAUGGUGGCGGCUUCUCCUUCGGCUCGGGCAAUGCCUUCCUCUACGGACCCGACUAUCUGGUGGCGGAGGACAUAGUACUCGUCACGCUCAACUACAGACUGGGACCACUGGGCUUCCUCACCGCCGGACCCGAUGCACCCGGCAAUCAGGGACUGAAGGAUCAGGUGCUGGCCCUCAAGUGGGUGCGCGACAACAUAGCCGCCUUCGGUGGUGACCCCGCUCAGGUAACAGUCUUUGGGGAGUCUGCUGGGGCUUCCUCGGUGCAGCUGCUCCUGCUGUCGCCCAUGGCCAAGGGACUCUUCCACCGCGCCAUCUCGCAGAGUGGCUCCGCCCUGAAUCCCUGGUCCAUGUCCGCCAAUUCCAGCAAGAGAGCCUCCCGCCUGGCAGCCAAUCUAGGCUACGUGGGUGCCAACAGAACAGAGGAGAUCCUGGACUUCUUGCGGCGCGUGCCCGCGAUGAAGCUGGUGGAGGCAGCGCCGACCACCAUCACGGCAGAGGAUCAGCGCAACAAUAUCGGACUGCCCUUCGUUCCAAAUGUCGAGGGCUAUUGGAACCAGGACUCCGAGGAGGAGCAGUUCUACGAGCAGCCCUUCAUCACCCAGCAUCCAAGUGACAUGUACCACACGCAAAACUUCAACAGCGAUGUGGCCUACAUGACAGGCUAUAACACCCAUGAAGCAAUGCUCUUUAUAAGAAGACUUCGAAAGAAUCCCCAGUUGCUGGGCAUAAUUGAGAACGACUUUGGACGCCUGGUGCCACAGGACUUGAAUGCCACCCAUGUCCAUGACAGGGUCACCCGCGAGAUACGCUCCUUCUACCUGGGGAACAAGCAUGUGGGCAUUGAAUCCGUCGAUGAGAUGAUAGCGCUCCUCACUGAUCUCAUGUUCCUGCAAGGCAUUCGCCGCACUGCCCGUAAUCAUGCCAAGUAUGGAAGCGCUCCUGUCUACAUGUACCGCUUCUCCUUCGAUGGUGCCCUGGGGCUGUACAAGCGGAUGCUGGGCAUUCCCCGACCGGGGGUCUGUCACGGCGAUGAGCUGGGAUAUCUCUUCAAAUUUGGCUUCUUCAACCUGAGCCUGGACCCCAAGUCGCUGGAGGUGCAGGUUAAGAAUCGCAUGGUGCGCAUGUGGACGAAUUUCGCCAAAUACGGCACACCCACGCCCGAUGUUGAGGAUCCGUAUUUGACCACAAAGUGGGCGCCCAUCGAUCCAUCGAAUGUGAUGAAUAGCCUCAACUACCUGGACAUCUCUGGAACUCUUGCCAUGAAGACGAAUCCAGAGCCGGAACGACAGAGGUUCUGGGACGAGAUGUAUCAGCAUUACAAUGGUGCUGCCAUGUAAAGUGCACACGCACACCCACACCCACACAUGCACCACACACUCACUCACCCACACACAACACAUAUACAUGAACACAUAUUUCGUAUUGCCAUUUUGUGAAAGAGAAAGAGCGCACGAAAACCAGAAUAUUUAAAAGCAAACUUCAUUGUACAAUUUUCGUAGUCUGUAGGAAUUUCUAGCUAUAUUCUUAGCUAUAUUACUUAGCAUUUUAGCUUGUAAGUGUUGCAGCAUUUAUCCACCCCAACACCCACCCACACCCACACCCACACCCAUACACAUACACACUGUUCUGAUAACCAAAUGUCAAGAUAUUUUUCCUUACAACACCAUAUACCAUAUAUAGUACGUGUAUCGGCAAUAAGCAGGUGUAAAUAGUCAGAGUCCAUCUUAUGUCGAAGAAUGCCAACCAGAGAACCCUUUUACGAUGUUUUUGUAAAAAGAAAUAAAUAUUAUUUUAUUAUUAAA